AUGACUGCUAACCUGAUCGAGAAGCAGGGGUUGCGACUCGCCGUGGAGGGCUGCGGCCAUGGAACACUUCACGACAUAUAUGCCUCGAUCGAGGAGGCGUGCAAGAGCAAAGAAUGGCCUGGAGUCGAUCUGUUGAUCAUCGGCGGUGACUUUCAGUCUGUACGGAAUGCGUUCGAUCUUAAUUGCAGGACGGCGCCAUAUCUGACAGUCUUCGUUGGAGGCAAUCACGAAGCAAGUAACUACCUCUUCGAGCUCUACUACGGAGGCUGGGUGGCCCCGAAUAUCUACUACCUCGGCGCAGCAAACGUACUUCGUGUCGGACCACUACGGAUUGCAGGCAUGAGUGGUAUCUGGAAAGGCUACAACUUCCGUAAACCACAUCACGAACGUCUACCGUAUAAUGAGAGCGAACUUAAGUCUAUCUACCACACCCGAGAGCUCGAUGUACGCAAGCUUUUGCAGAUUCGAUCACAAGUCGACAUCGGCAUAAGCCACGACUGGCCCAAGGGUGUGGAGUGGAAAGGGAAUUGGAAGCAAUUGUUUCGGUUCAAGAAGCAUCUUGAAGAUGAUGCGAGAGGUGGUCAGCUGGGGAGCGUGGCCGCUCAGCAGGUCCUUGAGCGGCUUCGCCCGCGGCAUUGGUUCAGUGCUCAUCUUCACUGCAAAUAUGCUGCCGUCAUCGACCACAACGACACUUCGGAGCCACAGAACUCACUUCCGUCGGCAAGCGCUAAUAUGCCUGUGCCCAAGAACGACAAUGAAAUCGAUUUGGAUGACGAUCUUGAUGAUUCAGCAGCUAAUAUCGAAGCCGUCGUCAAUCGCAACGAUGCCGAGAUCGACCUCGAGCUGGAAGACGAUGUGAACGGCGUUGCAGAAGUUACUCCAGGCCAAGGAGUGGAUGGACUGCAGAUUCCAAUAGAAAAACACGCUGCACUUGCGCAACCCACCCUUAGCGAACAAGCCGUCGCCGCACGAUCAGCUUUGCCCGACGCCUUCAAGCGCCAGCCACUCCCGAUCAAAGAGCCUGUCGAGCACCCCCCUGACAUUACCAAUAUUACCACGAACUUCCUGGCUCUGGACAAAUGUCUACCACAAAAGCAAUUCCUCCAACUGCUUGAUAUUCCUAUAUUGGACGGCCAACCGCUGGAUCGACCACUAAAGCUCUGCUACGAUCGCGAAUGGCUAGCAAUCACUCGAGCUAUCACACUCAGUGAGCCGCCGCAAUUUGGCAAUCCAGAGGCUGUCAUUCCUCGAAGCAAAAGUCAAUCUGAGUAUCGAGUACUCAUCGACGAGCAGAUGAAGUGGGUUGAAAAGAAUUUGGAUGCGGAGCAAAUGGUAAUUCCAGAGAACUUCGAGGUGUUAGCACCAGUCUAUGAUGGUGGCAAUUGGAUCCUGCCGCAGUGCGCUCAAGUUGAAGAGCACCCCAAUUCACAGACUGCCAAGUUUUGUGAGAUGCUGCAGAUACCGAAUGCCCUUGCUAUAAGCGACGAGGAUCGAGUUGCCAGGUUAGCUGCAGGUCCGAGACCAGAUCCUGAUGCUGAGCGCUUCAACGCAAGUCGUGGCCGUGGUGGGUUUGGUGGUGGACGUGGCCGUGGCCAUGACAGAGGCAGGGGUAGAGGCAGAGGCCGAGGUCGUGGUCGUGGACGAUGA